CACAAACAUGAGGUUCAGUUUUCCUCUCAUGGCCUUAGGCCUGGAGGUGGCUAUGAUUGUUUUAUUUGGAUUAUUUGCAGAGUAUGAGACGGAUCAUGGUAUGAUAUACCAACCCAAUACCACCCAGAUAACAGAAUCGGAGAGAUUCUUCCAGUUAUAUCCUCUAUUCCAAGAUGUGCAUGUAAUGAUAUUUGUUGGGUUUGGCUUCCUCAUGACCUUUCUGAAAAAAUAUGGCUUCAGCGGUGUGGGUAUCAACCUAUUUGUCGCUGCUCUGGGCCUCCAAUGGGGCAUUAUUAUACAAGGGAUCCUGCACAGCCAUGGAGAGAAAAUUCAGAUUGGAAUCAAAAACAUAAUAAAUGCAGACUUCAGUACAGCCACUGUUCUGAUUUCUUUUGGAGCUGUCCUAGGAAAAACAAGUCCCAUCCAAAUGCUCAUCAUGACAAUUUUAGAAAUUGCUGCCUUUGCUGGCAAUGAAUAUCUGGUUGGUGAGAUAUUUCAGGCCACUGAUAUUGGGGCAUCAAUGACCAUCCACGCCUUUGGGGCCUACUUUGGCUUGGCUGUAGCAGGCAUCUUAUAUCGAUCUGGCCUGAGAAAGGGGCAUAGGAAUGAAGAGUCUACGUACUACUCGGACAUGUUUGCAAUGAUUGGGACUAUUUUUCUAUGGAUAUUUUGGCCCAGCUUUAAUUCAGCCAUUGCAGAACCUGGAGAGGAACAGAAUAGGGCCAUCGUCAACACUUACUUCUCUCUUGCUGCCUGUGUGCUCACAGCGUUUGCCUUAUCCAGCCUUGUCACACAUGGAGGCAAGCUCAAUAUGGUACACAUUCAGAAUGCUACCCUCGCAGGAGGAGUUGCUGUGGGCACUUGUGCAGACAUGGAUAUUAGCCCAUAUGUGGCUAUGAUCAUUGGAAGCAUUGCAGGAGUUGUCUCCGUGCUUGGAUACAAGUUCCUGACUCCUUGUUUUGCUGCUAAAUUGAGGAUCCAUGAUACCUGCGGGGUGCACAACCUGCACGGCUUACCUGGCGUGAUAGGAGGCCUUGCAAGCAUUGUGGCCAUAGUCAUGGGAAAAUCUAAAAAGUCUACCAUAGCCAUGCAAGCAGCUGCCUUGGGUUCUUCCGUUGGAACAGCAAUUGUUGGAGGUAUUCUUACAGGUUUAAUUCUAAAGAUACCUUUCUGGGAACAGCCAUCUGACCAGAAUUGCUAUGAUGAUUCUGUUUAUUGGGAGGUCCCUCCAGAGAAAGAAUAUGACAGACACUUCCAACUCCACAACCUGCUGGAACCUGAAGCCUAAUACCAUUGCUGUGCUCCAGCUUUCUUUUCUAUCACAUACAGUCAAGGUUAAAUAAAGAAAAAGGCAGCAUGUGAAGAGAAUAUGGACCAGAGUGGAUCGAUGCUAAUCCCCAAAUAGCCAAUGUAAAAAUGUCUGUAUAUCUGAUGCUGUCUCUUGAUUUUAGAAUGCUUGCUUAAUUGAAGGGAUAUGGCUCAUAAAACAGAUGGUCAAUGCUUUCUAUCCAGAACUUAGAAUGCUUUUGCCAGUAAGUAGGUUCAGAAUGACAAUUGAUGUAUGUUCUUGAAUUUUUCCCAAAGAAGUAGGUUACAUAGAAAUCAACACUUCUUAGUUAUGUCAGACUUUUAAUGUAAAUACAAUUGAUAUAAUUCCUUCAAUCCUUAUGAUUAUAAAAGGGAAGCCAAUGAAACAACAAUAAGUACAAGGAAUCUACAUUAGAAAAAUGAAAGAAGUGCUUGUAAAUAUGCAGUGAUAUUAUUGUUUUGGGUAGUGUUUGUUAUUUUAAUAGAUCACAUUAGUAAUAUUAUAUCUUGAAUAUUUUUAAUUCCUUUAGCAAAUUUAGUAUUUUCAGAAAGAGUUCAAAUGCUAUAUUAUCA